AUGCGUGUGGCUGUCAUCGGGGCCGGCGUGAUCGGCCUCUCCACCGCCCUGUGCAUCCACGAGCAGUACCACAGCCUGGUGCCCUCCCUGGAGAUGAAGAUCUACGCGGACCGUUACACACCCCACACCACCAGUGACGGGGCAGCCGGCUUGUGGCAGCCCUACCUGAGCGACCACGGCAAUCUGCAGGAGACGCUCUGGAACCAAGAGACCUUCGAUUACCUCCUGGGGCACCUGGGCUCCCCGGCAGCCAAGGAAAUGGGACUCUUCCUCAUUUCUGGCUACAACCUGUUUACACAGCCAGUGCCAGAUCCACCUUGGAAGAACAUUGUCCUGGGAUUCAGGAAUUUAACACCAAAAGAGCUUGAACUUUUCCCUGGUUACAGCUACGGCUGGUUCAACACGGCGCUGAUGCUGGAGUGCAGGAGAUAUCUGCCAUGGCUCACCAAGAGGUUAACACAGAGAGGAGUGAAGUUUUUCCAUAAGAAGGUUGGAUCUUUCCAGGAGAUGUUUGCCCAGGGCGUGGAUGUUGUCAUCAACUGCACCGGGGUGCGUGCGGGGGAGCUGCAGCCUGACCCGGAGCUACAGCCCGGCCGUGGACAGAUCAUAAAGCUCCUGGCCCCAUGGGUGAAGCAUUUCAUCAUCACUCACGACAUCGAAUCCGGUAUCUACACCUCUCCGUACGUCAUCCCAGGGAGUGAGUUCACGGUCUUGGGAGGGAUCUAUCAGCAUGGGAACUGGAAUGAAGAAAACAGUGCCCAGGACCACAAAACCAUCUGGGAGAACUGCUGCAGGCUGCUCCCUGCUCUCCAGGAAGCAAAGAUCGUAGAGGAGUGGAGCGGCUUGAGACCCGCGCGUCCCUGUGUUCGCUUGGAGCGGGAGACCGUCCACCACGGGCACUUCCAGGCAGAGGUCAUACACAACUAUGGCCACGGUGGCUUCGGGAUCACCAUCCACUGGGGCUGUGCCAUGGCUGCAGCCCGGCUCUUUGGGACCAUCCUCCAGGAGAAGAAGCUGCUCAGCCCCCCACAACCCCGCCUGUGA